AUGUCGAGGAUAUGUAGAAGAUAUGGCUCAGAGCCUCAGAGGAACGCCCCCAUGAGGAAUCGGGCCCUACGUGGUUCUCCUAUGUUCCCCAUUUCUUGCUUCGCCUGGUGGAAGGAAAGACCAGGCCUCAUGGAAGGAAUGGGAGCCAAGGCGUCAUCGGUGGCGGGUCCAGGUCAGGACCUGUCUUUGGGCACGUCCCGUACUCUGGAGAACAUCCAGGCCGCGUAUGCAGGUGGAGCGCAGACGGCGGCGAGGGAGCUGAUCCGGCAAGCCUGCUGCGUGGAGCGCAGUUCCGGAGGACCGCCGAUAGAGGGCGUGCGUCUCCUGUGUGCGGCAACACAGCACGGUGACCUGGAGAGUGUGCGUUAUCUCAUGAGAGAGGCCCGGGUCACUUUGCCCCCGGAGCCCACAGACGACAACCCCGCUGUCCUGGCGGCUUUCUACGGCCACAUCGACCUGGUCAAGGAGCUGCUGGACUCCGUGCCCGGUCCGAAUCUGGGGAGGGGGCUGCUGAACAACAUGCUGGUCAUGGCCUGCCAGAGGGGGCAUCUGGAGGUGGUCACGCUGCUGGUGCAGGGCUACCAGGCGGACGUCCGAGUCUACGCCGUCAAGAACCACGAGUUCGACGAGAUCACGGGCCUGCCCAUCUACGCUGCCGCGCAGUCAGGCAAUGAAGGGGUUGCCCGGUUCCUACUCCAGAACGGUGCAGAGCUCUCUACAUGCAUUCUGAUGGACCACCCCGCCUUAAGCAAGCGGCUCCUCAGGCAGAGACUCCAGGAGAGCACCAACACGGAAGGAAAUGAGACUGUCCGUGUUGGUUGGAGUGGUCUGAAGCUGCCAUGGCUGGAGCUGGACUGGUUCAUGGACAUAUCAUCUUGGAUCACCCACCUCGACCUAUCCUCCAAUAAACUGAGGGCCCUGCCCUCUGUGGUGCCCUGGGGACUCAUCCAGCUGAAGUCUCUGGACCUUUCCAACAACCUGCUCAAAGAGCUGCCAGCAGCGCAGAGCUCGCGGGAGGUCAUAUGCUCCAGUCUAGAGCAGGUGAAUCUCUCUCAGAACCAGCUCACCGCUUUGCCCUCUGGACUACUGCAUCUCACUGAAAUCCAAAGACUGUCUGCUGCCAGGAACCAGCUCACAUCCCUGUUUGACAUCCCCUCUGCUACUAACUGGAUAGGUCUCCGUAAGCUGGAGGAGUUUGAUGUGUCCGACAACCAUUUGACCAGUUUACCGACUCCUGUCAUGCACUCUUUCAAAUCCCUGACCUCCCUCAACGUGAGCAGAAAUAGACUCACUGCUUUUCCAGACCCCUGGACAUGCCCACUGAAGCAAUGCAAAGCCUCUUCCAAUUUCAUCAGUAGUCUCCCCAAUACCAUCUCCAUCUCCUGGAGGACUCAGCUGCAGGAGGUGGACUUUGCGGACAACAAUCUGAUGUGGUUGCCGUCAUAUAUGUUCGAGCUGGAGGCCCUGGUCUUCUUGAGACUGUGUGGGAACCAGAUCAAGGCUCUUCCACCACCCCAAGUCUGGAACUGCCCUCAGCUCAGAGUCCUUGACCUUUCUAGGAACCAGUUGGGCAAGACUGCGGAGAGGGCCAAAUCUAAGGGGCUGACCUUUCGGACAAUGUGGAGCAGGAGAGACCCAGACCCAGUGUGUCCUAUCGAGUUUCCCAUAAUGCUGCGGGAUUCGCUGGAAGUGCUUUUCUUGAACAACAACCAGCUCGAGUCCGUGCCCCAGUCCGUGUGUGGUCUGCACAGCCUCACUGAGCUCUAUCUGUGCACUAACCCUGGUAUCCGGAAGCUACCAGUAGAGCUGGGCCAGCUCUCCAACUUGUGGCAGCUGGACGUGGAAGAUCUGAACAUCUCUAACGUCCCACAGGAAGUCAGGAAAGAAGGUCCUGUGGCCGUACUGGCCUUCCUUCGAGCUCACCUUCGAAAGGCGGUGCCCUGCAACCUGCUGAAGAUGGUGGUGAUCGGUCCGCCCCGGCAAGGAAAGACCAGCCUUCUGGAGGCACUGCAGGCUGGAAAAACUGCUGCGCCCGGCUAUGAAAACCCCAGCAUUUCCACCUCAACCUGGGAACUGGAGAAACCCAACGGCGGCAAAAACAGCAAAGACUCUGUGAUGUUCAACAUAUGGGACAUCGGUGGCCCGGCCAGCAUGUCGACAGUGAACCAGUGUUUUUUCACCGAUAAGGCCCUGUAUGUGGUCAUCUGGAACUUGGCUCUCGGGGAGGAGGCUGUGGCAAACCUGCAGACGUGGCUUCUCAACAUAGAGGCCCGUGCUCCAAACUCUGCGGUGGUGGUUGUCGGCACGCACUUGGACCUCAUUGACGCAAGGUUCCGCACAGAGAGAAUAGCCACGCUGCGUGCCUACAUCCUGGCACUAUGCCGGUCUCCCUCUGGAGCCCGAGCCAGCGGCUACCCUGACAUCACACCCAAGCAUUUACAUGAGGUGUCAUGUAAGACUCUAGAGGGCUUGGAUGGGCUGAAGAAACUGAUCUACCAGGUGGCCUGUUCCAUGAAAGACAGCAGCAGCAGCUCUGCCUGUGGCAACAAACUAGUUGGCAGGCUGAUUCCCAGGAGCUACUUAAGCCUGCAAGAAGCAAUGAGAGCAGAACAAGAGAGACGGAAAGCUGAGGAUGAGGUCCAAUAUUUGACUGACGCACAGCUUGACUGGAUCUUCGAACAGAACCCGAAAAGUGACAUCAGAGACUAUGAGGACUUGCAGAUCGCUAUUAAAUUCCUUAUUGAGACGGGCACCCUGCUACACUUCCCGGACACUAGCCAUGGCUUGUGUAUGCUGUAUUUCCUGUGCCCUGUCUGGCUGUCUGAGUGCCUGGAGAGGAUCAUCCAUCUCAAGUCCUCCCACUGCGUAGCUAAAAAUGGAGUAAUCCUCACUGAAGACCUUAGGCUGCUGCUGGUAGGAACAGGUUUCACCCAGCAGACAGAGGAACAGUAUUUCCAGUUCCUAGCCAAGUUUGAGAUUGCUCUGCCUCUGUCCAACAACAGCUAUCUGCUCCCCCACCUCCUGCCCCCAAAGCCAGCCAUGGACAUCCACUGUUUCCACCAGACGACCAGCAACACCCUGCAACGCCUGUAUAAGAUGAGCUUUGUUUCUGCUGGCUUCUGGGAACGCUUCAUUGCCAGGAUGCUCAUCAGCCUCACAGAAAUGGACCUCCAGUCGUUUGAACCAAGAAUAAAUGGCAGGAGCCAGUGCAACAGGAGCUCGGUGAUUUACAGUUUUGCUGGGGCCCAGCAGAGGAACCGCUGCAGUACUUUCAGAGUCCGAAGGAACCAGACAAUCUACUGGAAGGAGGGGUUGCUGGUCACCUUCGAAGGAGGGUAUCUCAGUGUGGAGUCCUCUGACGUCAACUGGAAGAGGAAGAAGAGCGGCGGCAUAAAGAUUAUCUGCCAAUCAGAAAUGAGAGAUUUCUCGGCCAUGGCUUUCAUCACAGACCACGUCAACUCCAUCAUUGAGCAGUGGUUUCCCGCUCUGACGGCUAGCGAGAGCGAUGGCAGCCUCCUCAUAGAGCAGUACGCCCCCUGUCCCACCUGUGCCUCAGCGGGUAGACAGAGCCUGGGCCGGCUGCACAGGGAGUCCGCGUUCAGCUGGCCUGCAUGGGGAGGAGGGAAAGAAGGAGGUAGGGGAGACAACAGAGGGGGGAUACACUCCUUUAACAUGGAGGACUGCGUGUUAGCUGCGGUGGAGAAGGACUACAUCUUUUGUCCCCAGCAUCCUGACCAGACCGUGCCCCUCCAGGAGCUGGUUCCUGAGCUCUUCAUGACGGACUUCCCUUCACGGCUGUUCUUGGAGAAGGCCCAGUUGGAGUACUCUGAGGAGGAGAGCAAUAUUCUUGGCCAGGGUGGCAGUGGAACCAUCGUCUACAAGGCCCACUACCGCAACCAGCCAGUGGCUGUCAAACUCUUCCAUUUCAAGAAGUGUCGACAGAAGACCAUCAGCAGUGAAACAGACACCAUGGUGAAGCACCUCAAGGCUGUGGAUGCGUGUCGGACCUUCUCGGAGUUCCGCCAGGAAGCCAGCAUGCUGCACUCCCUGCAGCACCCCUGCAUUGUACCCCUGGUGGGCAUCAGCAUCCACCCACUCUGUUUGGCCCUGCAGCUGGCCCCCCUGGGCAGCCUUAACACCGUGCUAGCAGAGAGAAGCAAAGGUUCCAGAUUCAUGCCUCUUGGUCACAUGCUGACCUUCAGAGCAGCCUAUCAGAUCGCAGCAGGUCUGGCGUACCUGCACAGGAAGCGCAUCAUCUUCUGUGACCUCAAAUCUGACAACAUUCUAGUCUGGUCUCUGGAGUUGCAGAAUCAGGUCAACUUCAAGCUGUCAGACUAUGGCAUCUCUCGCCAGUCCUUCAACGAAGGGGCGCUUGGGGUGGAGGGCACACCUGGCUACCAGGCCCCCGAGAUCCGGCCAGGCAUCGUCUACGAUGAGAAGGUGGACAUGUUCUCCUAUGGCAUGGUGCUGUAUGAGCUGCUGUCGGGGCAGAGGCCUGCGUUGGGCCACCACCAACUCCAGAUAGCCAAGAAGUUAGCCAAGGGCGUCCGACCCGUGCUGGGGAGCCCAGAGGAGGUGCAGUUCUUCUGUCUCCACCACCUGUUGACACAGUGCUGGGACACCAAACCUGAGAAGAGGCCUCAGGCCUUGCAGUGUGUGAGGCAGAUGCAGGAGCCCAGCUUCCCCUGUCUGAGGUACCUCUUACCCUGCGACACCCACUCCCAGCUCUUCCUAUCCCACCUCCAGGGAUACAGCGCUAUCUUCUGGGACGGCGAGAAGGACAGCAGGAACUACAGCGUGGUGAACGUGGAGAAGGGCCGGGUGGAGGUGAAGAGGAUUUCGUGUCCGGGGACUCGACUGACCUGUCAGAUGAAGAUGGACAAUACUCUGUGGACCGCCACAGAGGAGCAGGAGGUGUUUAUCUAUAGUCUGAAGGAGUUGUGUCCUCUGAGACUGCCCCAGAAGCACUUCUCCUGUCCUGCUGUCAUCACUUGUCUCUUCCCUGUACCAGCACGAGACCAGACCCUGCCACGCGUAUUUGUGGGAAUGUCAGAUGGCUUGGUGGCAGUCUACAGCCUGGUGGAAGACCUGCCAGUGGAAGGGGAGGUCUACGUGUGUCCCCACACCAUCAACAAGACCAUGUUUGGCCUAAAGGACUCAGACCCCAGACAGAGACCGUACUGCGUCAGGAGCAUGGCCUUAGUCAACAGCGGCUCUCAGCUGUGGUUCUCAAAUGGCCCCGGUCUGCUGGUCCUGGACUGUGUGAGUUUGCGGGCGGUCCAGAGGCUGGACCCCUACAGUCCCCCAUCCACCAUCGUGGCCCUGGCCUCCAGCUUGAGUCUACUGGGAGACGAAGCGGUGUGGACUUUGGAUGACUACAGCAACACCCUGCUGCUCUACCACGCUGCCAGUUACCAGCUCUGUGCCCGGUACAGCUGUGGCGACAGCAGCCCCCUUCGGGAUGUGUUCACCGUCCGGCUGCCUGUUGAUGUGGCUGUGGGCGCCGCCCUUGACCGUGACGCAAAAGAAGGAGAGAGGGAAGAGUCGGAGAGGACAAACGGCGGAGUGACUUUGAUCUACAGCGAGGAGGGGGGCAGUCAGAUCCUCCAACAUCAAGAGUCGCUGACGGACCGCGACUCCAACGCCUCCUCGGAGCCGCCGAGCUCGGACCGCUUCGGGUCCGGGAUCUACAGCUCGCUGACCGACUCGUACAGUAUUCCCCGGUCCGCAGUCUGCGAAGAGAUGGAUUGCACCCCAGACCAGCAGGCGCCCGCCCACCCCGCGUCUGACCUGCGCUCUGCGGUGACCCUUGACCCCGCACCACCCCACUUGCAAGCAUUCACCCUGCUGUCCGUGAACGGGACUUUGUGGGUCCCCAGGCGCGGCGGGGAUGUGAUGGUCAUAGAACUGCAGACGCAAUCAGACCAGCUGACAGGACGCGUCAUCGCCGUCCUCAGCCCUCCUGGAUGUUCUUCUCUGGGGAUCCUGGAGGAGGCGGCGCUGGUGGCAAAGGACACUGUUGUGUGCGGCUUUCGUAAGGAAAGCACGGAGUGGUGCCUGUGUGUCUGGAGGGGCUGGGGCUGCCAGGAGCUCGAAGUCUUCUACCAGUCCUACGAGGAGCUGGGCCGCAUGGAGACCAACAUGAGGAAAAGAAGGUAG